GUCAUCCAGACCGCCGAUCGCACAAGGCAGUGCUCCCAGUCAUCGUCCUAUCCUGUAAUGAUAAACCAUCUAUCGGGAUAAAUGAAGUGAAGAAGCUGAAAGAUGAGUGAAUGUGAACGUGCACCGGUGGAAAGGAUGGAGAAGGAAGAUGGAGGCUGGGCAUGGAUCGUUCUCGUUUGCAGCUGCGUUCUAGGGAUGUCAGUGCGCUCUUACAUUGGAACUUUCGGACUCCUGUAUCAGGAACCGUUGCGACAAAUGGAAACUGACACCACAGAUGCCGCAUGGCUCUUCAACCUCUGCAAAGCCCUCCAGUUACUCGGAGGGAUGUGCGCUGGCCCAGCAGCGGCAGCGUCUUCUCACCGGAGUGUCAUGACGAUUGGACUCUUCAUGCAAGCCCUGGGACUGUUCGCUUCCGCCUUCGCCCAUUCUGUUCUUGCCCACACCUUCACAUUCAGCAUUCUCGUAGGCUUUGGUGGCGGACUAGAUUUUGUCAGCUCCUAUUUGAAUGUCAAUCGCCACUUUAACAAGAGGAGAGGUUUUGCAAUCGGGAUGUACCUGAGCAGCCUUUCCAUUGGACAUAUGCUUAUGCCACAGUUGAUUGAGGCUUCCAUGCACCUUUACGCCAGUCAAGGCACGAUGAUCCUAUUAGCAGGAAUAGCGAUUCAAAUGUUUCCUCUAGUCCUUCUUCAGUCCAGACCUCAAUUGCCCUAUUCGAGGGAAAUCCUUCACGUCCAAACAUGUGAUUCCGAUCAUGAUCGGCUAGAAGCAGCCUUGGACCAUGAGCCACCUAAGCACGAACAGCAGCCCAUGAAACCAAAAAAACAUAUGAGAAAUGCAAUGACUUCCAUCGACCCUUGGAAACAAGCAGCGAAGAAAUUCUUUUCAAGCCUUGACUUCAGCGUGAUGAAGGAAUCCAUGUGGUGGAUGCUGACAAUCACAGACUCUGUUUUUUCCCUUGUACUUGGGAAUAUGGGAAUGAUCCUGCCACUUCUUGCCACAGAUCGGGGUUUCCCCGAGGGUUCAGGUGCACUCCUCCUCACUAUUAGUGGAAGUACUGAGCUGUUAUCCCGACUCAUCGUCCCUCCGUUGACUGAUAUCAAGAAAAUAGACAAUAGAUACCUCUUCAUGUUUUGGCUCUUCACAGUUUCUAUUGUGCCUUUGGGAUUUGCACUGAGUGAGAGCUUCUCCUUGACAGCAGUCAUGAGCAGCUUCCUUGGCUUAGGAACAGGUGCCAUCAUCGGCAUGCCCAGUCUUCUUCUAUCUUUUCACUUCACGGCAUCCAGACUCCCGUCUGCGAUGACCUUCAAGUUGGCUCUCAAAAGUCUGUCGUUCUUCGUUGGACCAGUUGUCGGUAUACUGAGAGAUACAACAGGGAACUACAAUCUUCUCUUUUACGUCUUCUCAGCAUCCUCCUUCAUUACCUCAGGAGGAUGGAUUCUUUAUGUGGUCAUCGGGAAGAAGAAGAGAAUAGAAGACCAACAUGAGAACGAAGGAAAACCCAGCUCCUGAUAGAUGUCGUUUGUCUCUUUCACUUACUGUGAUGGUAUUCAUUUAAGAGAAUCUCAACUUGGAUUCCAUUGUAUGGACAUUUCUUGUACCAAAAGAUACCUUGUUAUGUUUCCACAUUUCAGUUCUGCACACGAACCAGGGAUUUGUGCCGAGCUCCUUCCCACCACCGAGUGUUUGAAAGCAUCCAUAGUUGUAAUCUUGUUGAGGCAAGCCAUAUCUACAGUCUACCCUCGAUAUACCGCGACUCUCACAUGUCGCUAACUCUUUCUUGAAAAUAAAUCCUCCCC